AUACACAGACAUGCCUUAAAUCAGCUUCAAAAAUGAAGUCUUCUCACUUUUCAAUGUCUCUGUUUCUUUUGAUUGGUCUCGUUUCAUUGUCAUGGACUAUUUCAGCAAAUGCCCAUGACAAUAAUUUUCUUCAUUGCCUUUCUUCUUUUCAUUCCAAAGACAUACCUUCCAUCUCUAAAGUCAUCUACAUGCAAAACAAUUCCACUUAUUCAUCAAUUUUGGAGUCUUUGAUUCAAAAUCUUAGAUUCUCCACGCCAACUACCCCAAAACCUUUGGUCAUUGUGACACCAUUGCAUACUUCUCAUAUUCAAGCAACAAUCUUUUGUUCAAAAAAACAUGGCCUACAACUUAGAAUUCGGAGUGGCGGCCAUGAUUUUGAAGGUCUUUCAUAUGUCUCUGAAGUUCCAUUUGUUAUUGUUGAUUUGGUUAAUUUUCGAUCAGUCGAUAUUGAUGUAAAGAAUGAAGUUUCAUGGGUUCAAUCUGGUGCAAUUCUUGGUGAAUUUUAUCAUGCAAUUGCUCAAAAAAGUAGAACUCUUUCCUUCCCAGCUGGUAUUUGUCACACUGUGGGAAUAGGUGGGUACUUCAGCGGAGGAGGUUAUGGUUUAUUGUUUCGAAAACACGGUCUUGCCGUGGACAACAUAAUUGAUGCUCAAUUUAUCGACGUUAAUGGAAGAAUUCUUGACAGAAAAUCAAUGGGAGAAGAUCUUUUUUGGGCCAUUCGAGGAGGUGGAGGAGGUAGCUUUGGAAUUGUUAUUGCGUGGAAAGUAAAGCUAGUUUCUGUUCCAGCAACUGUGACGGUAUUCAGAAUCAGCAAGACCUUGGAACAAAAUGCAACCAAACUUGUUCACCGAUGGCAAUACGUUGCGCCCAAGCUUCCUGGUGAUAUAUUCUCUGCUGUUACAAUGAGAAGGGUGAAUUCUAGUAAACAUGGCCAACGAACAAUCCUAGCUUCCUUCAGUUCCUUUUUUCUUGGUGGAGUUCAUAAGCUGAUUCCAUUGAUGCAAGAGAGAUUUCCCGAGCUCGGGCUGGUGAAGGAAGAUUGCACUGAAAUGAGUUGGAUUGAAUCUAUUCUCUAUUUUGGUCAAGUUCAAAACAAAUCCUUGGAUAUUUUACUCGACAGGAGUUACAAGACUACUCUUAAUGGUCCAGCCUUCAAAACAAAAUCUGACUAUGUGAAAAAACCUAUACCCGAGGCUGCAUUCGAAGGGAUAUGGUCAAAAUUUUAUGAAGAAGAUGCAGAAUCUGCUGUUAUGGGUUUUAUUGCUUAUGGGGCAAAAAUGGCUGAGAUUCCAGAGUCUGCAACUCCAUUUCCACACAGAGCUGGCAAUAUGUACAAAAUUGCAUAUACUGUGGGCUGGCAACAAGAAGACCAGAUAAAAUCUCAAAAGUACAUGAGGUGGAUCAGAAAAUUUUACAGUUUCAUGAGCUCAUUCGUUGCGAAAUCUCCACGAGAAGCAUAUAUUAAUUAUAGAGAUAAUGACAUUGGAACGAACAGCAAAGGUAACAUGACAAGUUAUGCUCAAGCGAGUAUUUGGGGCCGCAAAUAUUUUAAGAAUAAUUUUGACAAGUUAGUAUUCGUGAAAACAAUGAUUGAUCCAGACAAUUUCUUUAAACAUGAACAAAGCAUUCCUCCCCUUAUGUCUUAAUAUAUAUAUAUAACAAAACAAAGAGUUGUGGAAGGCAUUUUAAAGAGAAAUCUUGAGACAAUAUUUAAUGUCAGUUGUGGUAAUCAUUUAUGUUGUUUUCAAUGUCCUUUGUAAUUGUGGUGUUUUAUUUUUGUCGGUUCACUUCUCCGAGGGGUGCUAUUUUUUAGUUUGUAUCAAAAGUUUCUCUUUGUAAAGAGAAAUUUUUAUCAAUAAAACAAUCGUCUUCCGUGAUCAUAUUUCAAUCGUCUUUGGGGUCAUUGUUCAUUA